AUGGUUCGUCUCAUAGACGGCCCCCCGUCUGAGACUCGUGCAGCCGUCUCGGAUACUAAAGACGCGCUCGACGCCUUCCCCGAUGCACCCCUCAAUGUCUUCGUGUCGCUGGCCACUUUCAUGCAAGGAAUUUGGCUUGCGUUCGAUCUUCUCACGCCACUCAGCCAGGCGGAUGCGCAAGAAGAGGAUACGGUUCGUCGCGUGCUGGCGAAACGUCAGGGGCAACUCGUGCGGGCGGAGGCGCUGCGACGCGCAGGGGGAAAAGUGCACCUCCUCCGAUGCGUCUUGAAGAAAUCGGGCCGACUCAUUUCAUUCCUGUUCACCAAGCUGCAGUCCAUCGGCAAGGGGCUCCUCCACCUCGCUCGACAUCCCUGCCUCUUCCUCAGUCGCUGGCGCAAAGACCGUGUAUCGGUGGAAGCGGUGAAGCCGUCGACUGAACCGUCAUCCAUCGUAGCGUUUCUUAUGCCUCUGAAUCGACUGAUUGAGGACGAGGAUCUCGAGCCGCGGGAACCAGCCGGGGCUGAUCGUGGGCAAGUUGGCGACAUUUUGCGCCAAGCCACCUCCGCGGCCAUUGGGCAACUCGAAGUUCUUGCUGAAACCAGCAAGCAACAGCUCCGGCAAGAGAUCUUCCGGAUCGAUGAAGUUGUCUUCGCAGUUCGUUCCCUUACGUUAUUUUGUGCUUAUGCUGCCUCACUCAGG